AUGAGCCAGUUCCAGGUGCCCUUGGCCGUUCAGCCGGACCUGCCCGGCCUCUAUGACUUCUCUCAGGGCCCGGUGAUGGUGGGGGGCUUCCAGGCGCCCAGCCUCCCUAUGACAGCGAGCGAGCCCCAACUCCGAGGGGGUGCGGACGGGCGGAAGAAGCGCAAGCGGUGCGGGACUUGCGAGCCCUGCCGUCGCCUGGAAAACUGUGGUGCCUGCACCAGCUGCACCAACCGGCGCACGCACCAGAUCUGCAAGCUGCGCAAGUGUGAGGUGCUCAAGAAGAAGGCGGGGCUCAUCAAGGAGGUGGAGAUAAAGGCUGGUGAAGGAGCCGGGCCGUGGGGACAAGGACCUGCUGUCAAGACAAGUUCAGAGCUCAGCCCAGUUGAUGGACCUCUUCCAGGUCAGAUGGACUCAGGGCCAGUGUACCAUGGGAACGCGCGGCAGCUAGGCGCCCCAGGGGCGCCUGUCAAUGGUGCUAGAGAACCUGCUGGGCCCAGCCUGCUGGGGGCUGGAGGUCCCUGGCGGGUAGACCAGAAGUCCGACUGGGACGCCACCCCGGGCCCAACUCACACCGCCCGCCUGGAAGAUGCCCACGACCUGGUGGCCUUCUCGGCCGUGGCCGAAGCCGUGUCCUCGUAUGGUGCCCUCAGCACCCGGCUCUACGAGACCUUCAACCGUGAGAUGAGCCGGGACCCGGGGAGCAGCGGCAGAGACCCCCGGCCAGGUGCCGAGGGCUGCUCCGUGGGCGGUGAAGACCUGGACACGCUGCAGACGGCCCUGGCCCUGGCCCGGCAUGGCAUGAAGCCACCCAGCUGCAACUGCGAUGGCCCCGAGUGCCCUGACUACCUCGCGUGGCUGGAGGGGAAGAUCAGGUCCGUGGUGGUGGAGGGUGCGGAGGAGCCGCCCAGGCGCCCGGCUGCGUUGCCCCCAGCUGAGGCUGGCCUCCCCGCCCCGAGCUCCCGACCGCUGCUCAGUGCCGAGCCCCCCCAGAUACCUCCCCCAGAAAGCCUGCCCUUGUCCCAGAGCGCUCUGAGCAUCGCCAAGGAGAAGAACAUCAGCCUGCAGACCGCCAUCGCCAUUGAGGCACUCACCCAGCUCUCCUCGGCCCUGCCCCAGCCCUCUCACGCCACCUCCCAGGCGUCCUGCCCGCUGCCCGAGGCCUUGUCCCCUCCAGCCCCUUUCCGACCACCCCAGUCCUACCUCCGGGCCCCCUCCUGGCCUUCAGUCCCCUCCGAGGAGCACCCGCCCUUUGCCCCAGACAGCCCUGCCUUCCCUCCAGCCCCUCCUCGGACCGAGUUUGCAGAAGCCUGGGGCACAGACACCCCACCAGCAGCCCCCCGAAGCCCCUGGCCCCUGCCGCGCCCGAGCCCUGACCCCAUGGCCGAGCUGGAGCAGCUGUUGGGCAGUGCCAGCGAUUACAUCCAAUCAGUGUUCAAGCGGCCUGAUGCCCUGCCCACCAAGCCCAAGGUCAAGACCGAGGCCCCUUCGCCCUCCCCAGCCCCCGCGCUGUCCCCGGGCCUCCAGAGGGAGGCUGCCCCGCCGCCCACGGAGCCUGACACCCACCAGAAGGCCCAGGCCGCACUGCAGCAGCACCUUCACCACAAACGCAGCCUCUUCCUGGAGCAGGCCCACAACGCCACCUUCCCCAACUCCACGGAGACCCCCGCGCCCAGCUGGUGGACCCCCGUCAGCUCACCGGCCCCACGGCCUCCAGACAGACCACCCAAAGAGAAGAAGAAGAAGCAGGCCCUGGCACCAUCCGGAGGCCCCCCGGGGACUGACAAAGGCACCCCCGGCAUCAAGCCUGCCGCCCGGAAGCCCAUUCAGAUAAAGAAGUCCAAGCUCCGGGACACACAGCCCCUCUUCCUACCCCUCCGGCAGAUCAUCCUGGAGGGGCUGCGGCCCCCAGCCCCCGAGGACACGCAGGCUCACCCGCCUGGACCCCUCCCCACCUCACAGGGCUCUGUGGUCCCCCUGCCCCCAGAACCCUCUCUUGCGCUAUUUGCACCAAGUCCCCCUGGGGACAGCCUGCUGCCCCCUACUCAGGAAACGAGGUCCCCCAGCCCCACAUCCUCCCUGCAGGCGGGCCCCACCGGCCCCUUACCCCCUGCUGAUGACAAGCUGGAAGAGCUCAUCCGGCAGUUUGAGGCAGAAUUUGGGGAUAGCUUUGGGCUCCCCGGCCCCCCGUCUGUGCCCCUUCAGGACCCUGAGAGCCAGCCAGUGUGUCUCCCUGCCCCCGAGAGCCCCUUUGCCAGCCGCUCCCCCAAGCAAAUCAAGAUUGAGGCUUCAGGGGCGGUGACUGUGCUGACCACCACCUGCUUCCCUUCUGAGGAGGGGAGCCAGGAUGUCACCCCCACCAAGGCCGAGAACCCGCUCACUCCCACCCUCAGCGGCUUCUUAGAGUCGCCCCUCAAGUACCUGGACACCCCCACCAAGAGUCUACUGGAUACGCCAGCCAAGAGGGCCCAGGCCGAGUUCCCCACCUGCGACUGCGUGGAACAAAUAGUGGAGAAGGACGAGGGUCCCUAUUACACGCAUCUGGGAUCCGGCCCCACUGUCGCCUCUAUCCGGGAGCUCAUGGAGGAACGGUAUGGCGAGAAGGGCAAGGCCAUCCGGAUCGAGAAGGUCAUCUACACCGGGAAGGAGGGCAAGAGCUCACGCGGCUGCCCCAUUGCAAAGUGGGUGAUCCGCAGACAGUCGGUGGAGGAGAAGCUGCUGGUGCUGGUGCGGCACCGGGCCGGCCACCACUGCCAGCACGCCAUCAUCGUCAUCCUCAUCCUGGCCUGGGAGGGCAUCCCCCGCAGCCUGGGCGACACCCUCUACCAGGAGCUCACAGACACGCUCCGCAAGUACGGGAACCCCACGAGCCGGAGAUGCGGCCUCAAUGACGACCGGACCUGCGCUUGUCAAGGCAAAGACCCCAACACCUGCGGUGCCUCCUUCUCCUUCGGCUGCUCCUGGAGCAUGUACUUCAACGGCUGCAAAUACGCCCGCAGCAAGACACCACGCAAGUUCCGCCUGGCGGGGGACAACCCCAAGGAGGAAGAAGUGCUACGGCAGAGCUUCCAGGACCUGGCCACCCAAGUCGCCCCCCUGUAUAAGCGCCUGGCCCCCCAGGCCUAUCAGAACCAGGUGACCAACGAGGACGUGGCAAUCGACUGCCGCCUGGGGCUGAAGGAAGGGCGGCCGUUCGCGGGGGUCACGGCAUGCAUGGACUUCUGCGCCCACGCCCACAAGGACCAGCAUAAUCUUUACAACGGGUGCACUGUGGUGUGCACGCUGACCAAGGAGGACAACCGCAGCGUGGGCCAGGUCCCCGAGGACGAACAGCUGCACGUGCUCCCGCUCUACAAGAUGGCCAGCACGGACGAGUUCGGCAGCGAGGAGAACCAGAAGGCCAAGGUGGACAGCGGGGCCAUCCAGGUGCUGACCGCCUUCCCCCGCGAGGUGCGCCGCCUGCCCGAACCUGCCAAGUCCUGCCGCCAGCGCCAGCUCGAGGCCCGCAAGGCUGCGGCCGAGAAGAAGAAGGUGCAGAAGGAGAAGCUGGGCACCCCAGAGAAGAUCAAGCAGGAGGCCCUGGAGCUGGCCGGCGUCCCCGCGGACACAGGACUCUCUCUGAAGGGUGGACUGUCCCAGCAAGGCCUGAAGCCCGCCCUCAAGGUGGAACCCCAGAACCACUUCAGCUCCUUCAAGUACAGUGGCAACGCGGUGGUGGAGAGCUACUCGGUGCUGGGCAGCUGCCGGCCCUCCGACCCCUACAGUGUGGACAGCGUGUACUCGUACCACUCCUACUAUGCACAGCCCGGCCUGCCCGCCGUCAACGGCUUCCACUCCAAGUACGCUCUGCCGUCGUUCAGCUACUACGGCUUUCCUUCCAGCAGCCCCGUCUUCUCCUCCCAGUUCCUGGGCCCCGGCUCCUGGGGCCACAGCAGCCGUGGCAGCAGUUUCGACAAGAAGCCAGACCUGCACGCCCUGCACAGUGGCCUGGGCACGGCCUACGGCGCUGGCGACUAUGCCGAGCCGCCGGCCUCGACGGUGCCCACGGACGCCCACCACCCCCCUCACCACCAGCAGCCUGCCUACGCGGGCCCCAAGGAGUACCUGCUCCCCAGGGCCGCCCCGGUGUGCCCCACGCCCACGGACCCCGCGCCCUUUGCCCAGAGCUCCAGCUGCUUCGCCAGAUCCAUCAAGCAAGAGCCCGUGGAGCCCCUGGCCCAGGCCGAGCCUGUCCCCAGGGAUCCGGGCAAGCUGGCCAAGACCCCUCUGCCCGAGGCAGCUCAGAACGGGGGCCCCAAUCACCUGUGGAGCCAGUACGCAGGAAGCUCAAGCGUGUCCCCCAAGAGGACUAAUGGUGUGGGUGGCAGCUGGGGUGCGUUCCCGUCCGGAGACAGCUCUACCGUCGUUCCCGAUAAGCUUGGUUCUUUUGGGACCAGCUGCCUGGCCCCAUCCCACUUCCAGGAUGGCCAGUGGGGGCUGUUCCCCAGCGAGGGGCACCAGCCAACCCCCCAGGCCGGGGGACGGCUGCGUAGCAAGCCCUGGAGCCCCUGCAAGUUCGGGAACGUAGGCACAGCCCUGGCCGAGAAGCCCUGGGGCCUUGGGGCUGGGGACUUCAGCUCCACCCUGAAAGGCCCUGGCUUCCAGGAGAAGUUGUGGGGGCCUGUGAAAGGCGAGGACGGGCGAGUCCCCACCCCGGGGGCCGGCCAGCUGGACAAGGCCUGGCAGCCCUAUGGCGGCGUAGCCCUGGGCACCAGUGAGAAGCUGUUUGGGGCCCUGAAGACCGAGGAGAAGCUGUGGGACCCCUUCAGCCUGGAGGAGGGCCCAGCCGGGGAGCCGCCUGGGGGGGCCGCUGUGAAGGAGGAGAAGGGCGGGGACGAGGAGGAGGAGGAGGAGUGGUCGGACAGCGAGCACAACUUCCUGGACGAGAACAUCGGCGGGGUGGCCGUGGCCCCUGCGCACGGCUCCGUGCUCAUCGAGUGUGCCCGCCGCGAGCUGCACGCCACCACACCCCUCAAGAAGCCCAACCGCUGCCACCCCACCCGCAUCUCGCUGGUCUUCUACCAGCACAAGAACCUCAACCAGCCGCACCACGGCCUGGCGCUCUGGGAGGCCAAGAUGAAGCAGCUGGCCGAGCGCGCCCGGGCGCGCCAGGAGGAGGCAGCCCGCCUGGGCCUGGGCCCGCAGGAGGCCAAGCUGUACGGGAAGAAGCGCAAGUGGGGCGGCCCCUCGGCCUGCGAGCCCCAGCAGAAGGAGAAGCGGGGCGCCGUGCCCACCCGGCUGGCGCUGGCCCGGGCCACCGACUCUGCUGUCACCGUGUCCUCCUAUGCCUACACCAAGGUCACCGGGCCCUACAGCUGCUGGGUCUAG